CUAUUUCAGGGAAAAAUUUUAUUUACCCUACAGAUAGCGGUCCUGGUAUGUCAUGUAUCUGUGAUAUGUAUGAAUUGCUGCUGCCUGAUUUGGAAGCUACAUGAAUCUAAACUGAUAAUGCUUUCAAUAUGUCUAAAAUCUUAAAUAUGUUUACAAAUGUGUGAUAAGGCUUACAGUACUCUUCCACCACUGAAAAUAUGUAUGUGAUUUUGAGACCAGGCACAGGAGUGAAGCUGUGUUAAUUAGAGGUGCCUGUUUAACUGAGAGGAGGAGAUAUGGCCAGAAAAUCUGAAACUCAGCGCACUUUCAACAUAGCAGUUGUGGGAUUAUCUGGAACAGAGAAAGAAAAAGGAAGCACUGGAGUGGGUAAAUCCUGCCUUUGUAAUCGCUUCAUUCGAUCAUUGGCUGAUGAUUAUUACACAGACCACAUAUCUGUUUUGAGCCAGACAGAUUUCAGUGGUAGAGUUGUUAACAAUGAUCAUUUUUUGUAUUGGGGGGAAGUUUCAAAACUCUCAGAAGAAGGAGUUGAUUUUAAUUUUCAUGUAAUUGAACAGACCGAAUUCAUUGAUGAUUCCUCAUUCCAACCAUUCAAGAGCGGUAAAACAGAUCCUUAUUACAAGAGAUGUUCUGCAACUAAGUUAACAUCAGCAGAAAAGCUCAUGUAUAUUUGCAAAAAUCAAUUAGGUAUUGAAAAAGAGUAUGAACAAAAACUACUACCGGAUGGGAAAAUAAAUAUAGAUGGUUUUGUUUGUGUGUUUGAUGUCAGUGAAGUUCAAGGAAGAAGUAUAGAGAAACAAGUGGAAUUUACUGCAUUAAUUCUUGAAAAUCUAUUAAAAACCAAGAAGCCAAUAGUUCUUGCAACCACAAAAAAUGAUGAAGCUAAGGAAAUGUAUGUAAAAGAAGCAGAACGCUUAGUAAGUAGGAAGGAAUUUAAAAAUAACAUUCCAAUAGUGGAAACAUCAGCACAUGAGAAUGUGAACGUAGAUUUGACUUUUAUAAUUACGGCACAGAUGAUAGAUCGGACUAAAGGAAAAGCUAAGCUGGUGCCCUUCUUAGAAUCUGCUAGGUCACGGAAAGAAGUCUUAGACUUUUGUACUGAAGCAUACCAAUCACUUAUACGUGCCCAAGUAACUGAUUAUAGAGCAUUGUGGAGUUCAGUAAGUAAAAAAUUUGCUCAGAACCAGGAUUUCAUUCAUUAUUGUGAACUUUUUGGCCAUGAUGCAGCCCAAAAGAUGUUCAGAAGGCAUGUUAAAAAACUGAAAGAAGAAUAUAUAGGUCGAAAAAUGCAAAUGUAUAUUAGGAUAUUACCUGAAGUACUUAGUGAAUUACUACCAGACCUUGCAAGCAUUGGAGAUGGGGAGUGGCAGACUGUCAAAGCUAAACUUCAGCAACAUCCAGAUUUUAAUCAGUAUUUUCUAGAAAGUCCAGAUGAACAACCUUGGCAAGAAACUGAUUUAGUUGAUAGUAAUGAAACACGAAUCCCUCUUGAUAUCCUGGAUUCUUCAGAAGCUGAAGCAUGUUUUGAAGAGCAUAAAGCUGCUUUGCAAGCUGAAGAAAGGAGGAAGGAAAUGCGACAGCAAUUUAAAGAACUUUUAGAAGAAACUGGUUAUGUUACUCCUGGAAAACCAUUAUCUGAAGUUCAAGUUCUAUUCAUGGGACGUGACUGUUAUGAAGCUCUUUCAGAAUCCGAUUUAUUGGAUAUUUAUGAAGAACAUCAAAAGGAGAUAACUGAAAAAGCCAAACAGAAUUUCCAAGAACUUUUACUAGAAAAUGCUGAGAUUUUCUAUCAUUUUACAAGCAUUGGUCCAGGCAGUGUUAUAACUCAGGAAGAUAUUAAUAAAAUUACUGAAAAACUCCAAGAAGACUUAAGGUAUAAAACGUUAGACAGAUUAGAUCAAGAUCGUAUGCUGAUGUUACUUCGCCAUCUAGGUUUUGUUCAUGGACCAAUUCGAGAACAUUGUCCUGCAUCUCUAAAAUGUAUGGAUACAUUAGUUGAAAAGGCUAUUGCUCAGAAAGCUCACAGACCAUCCUCAUGGCAGAGAAAUAGUCAUUGGCUUUUAGAGACGGAAAACAAUCAACUAAAUCUUGUAUUAUUAGGCUCUGGUGGUUUAGCAGAUGAGCUUGCUAAUGUUAUUAAGGCACAAUGUACAGAUGAUAUGUUUGAAGUUGAUAAAAUUCAGUAUGCACUUGAUCUAAGAAUCAUUGAAGGUGAUGUUGGUUUACCUCAAAAUUCCUUUAGAACAUCGGACUUUCUUCCUCAUGCUACUACAACAGGUUGUUUUUGUGUGUAUUCAAAUCAUCAAACACUGGAAUACAUUAGAGAGAGUCUUGAAAAAACUUUGUUGUCAAACUUGGAGCAGGAAGAUAGGUUGCCUUUCCAUGGUCUUCCUAUUGUAAUUUUAUUUGCAGCAGAUAAUAGUAUAAAUGAAAAAGAUCUGAUAUUUCUGAGAGAAGAAGGCCAAAAUAGAGCAAAAAGUUUGCAGUGCCCUUUCUUAGAUGUGAGCUCUCCAGAUGAUUCAUCUGGUCAGCGUUUUGAUGUUGCUAGUCUUGUGCAAGCAUUGCAGUCUUUAAUUGAAAGUAUACAAAGGAGAGCUGGGUUACUGCAGAUAUAUCACACAUUGCCUGAGCAAGCAAUCAAUCCUGAUAUCAGAAUCAUCAUGUGUAUGCUUUGCGGUGAUCCAUAUUCUGUUGAACAUGUGCUUGGGCCAUUACUGAGUCAUCAGUGCUGUUUCGUUACAACACCCCAUACAAUUACUUUAGAAACUUAUCUUGGAGAUUCAAAGAGGAGUGUAGAAGUUAGAGUCACUUCCUAUCAUGGUGCCAAUUCCUAUAGAGAUGAGCUUGUGCAUGGCUUUAUUUUGGUUUUUUCCACAAAGCGAAAAGCCUCUCUGGCUACGCUUAGUGCUUUCUCCAUGAAUAUUCCGAACAUUCCUGUACAGAUUUUGGCUGUUACAGAAACUGGGAGUGCAAAUGCAUUUUUUUCCAGUGAUUUAUCUCAUCAACUAAUUACCGAAGGCAAUGCUGUUGCUGAUAAGUUACAAGCUCAUUUUAUGACCUCUAGCUCAACUAGCCAACAAAAAACUGCAUUCUAUACUCCUUUUUUUAAAGAAGUUUGGGAAAGAAAACCUCAGAUUGAAAAGGCAUUCACCCUGGAAGAUUCAGAUUAUUCUAUUGGUAGUCGUACACCAGUACCACCUCCUGUGCCUUCAAGACAGGAGUCGUAUCAUAUACGCAGUGGAUCAUUAGAAGAUGGUGGAGACUCUGAAGGCCUUUAUGAACAGCUUCCUGUAGAAAGUGGCCAUGGACCAGAUGAUGGUUCAAUUUCACCUACAGGGUUUAUUGAUGGGCCGCCUUUGAGUCCUAGUGAUGAUAGUGAUUUGUAUGCUAGUGUAUUCAAUCAAGAAAAUGGUGAACAUUUAGUCAAACCAAGUCAGAUUAAAAAUAGAAGAAGCCUUCAAGCAGAAUUAUAUCGGCAAUCAUUCCCGAGUACAGAGUCUUUGGAUCGUUCUGUGUCUAUGAAAACUCGUGACAACAAUGCUCCACCUCCGCCGUUGCCCCCCUCUCGUCAUGACAGAGACCCACAUUCUGGCAUAGAUCUCGCUUAUCCUGCUCCUACUCUUGGCACGUUUACUGGCAAUGCAUCACCACCUCCCACUUAUCAUAGUCAGGUGCACUAUUCUCCACGCCUUCCACCGCACCCAUCAUUACCCUUACCCGCAUCAUUAUAUGCAACUGGUCGGCGCAGACCAACUGCUCCUGAGCGUGCUUUGCCUUUCCCUCCAUAUGAACUUAAAAAAUCCAACAGUCUGAAAUCCUGUGGUAUGGGAAUGCCAUCUACACCAUCAGCUCCAAGUCUUAGCCAUCCGAGCUCUGGGCAAGGUUCAAGAAUUCCAGAUGACUUAGAUGCCUCAGACAGCAUAACUGAUGAUGAUGACACGAUUUCAUCUGGGCUUAGUGGGUAUGGGGCCUAUCCGCCGCCGCCUGAACCUGCACCUCCAGACUUACCCCCUUCGCGAAUGAAGAAGGGAUCUUUAACUGCUGGUCACCACACUUCUCGUACAAGCUUGGAUGAGGUGUCAUCUAUUUACCUCUUGGCUGGAAAUACAGGUUACUCUGUGGAAACAGAGGAAGGGGGAUCUCAGGAAUCACUUAAUCGAGAAACAGGUUGGGUAGAAAAUAGAUUUUAUGGACGAGAAAUCAGAAGUCGUGAUGAUUGGCCAGAGAAUGAAAUGUAUCAUACAUACCAUGCAGAUAGACAAAAGGUGCCUCCUCCUACUAAACCCAAGCCUGGGAAACCCAAACCGAAGAAAAUAGAUCUCAAGCAAUAUGGUCAUUUGACUGAUGCUAUAGGAAGAAUAAAUUUAACCUCUCAUAAACCUGGAGCUACUUUGCCAAAAGUUGGUUUGGUGCAUGCUCCGUUGGCAACUCCUGAGAGUAUGGAUCUUGGCAAUGAAUAUGCUCAAGUGAAGGAUGCUAUUCACUUAUUUUCAGCUGAUCGGAAUGAGUAUGAAUAUGCAGUUGUUCAUAAUGCACUGCCAGACAGUAAACCUCAUCGAAUAAGAUCUUUAACAAGGAGGCAUGGGAACAGAGAUACCUUUGACCGUGGCUCUGAUUCUGAAAGUGAAUGGAGUUCACUGGAGCGCAGACAAAGGGAAGUUUAUACUAAGGCAAAUCGUAAACCCACCCCACACAAGAAAACUCGUAAAAAGCGUGGGAUACCUGUAGCUCCUCCCCGGAUCCCUUCAUUUGAGGGUCCACCACCUCCACUCCCACCAUUUCCUGGGGGUCAGAGGAUUGUGACUGCUCAAUCUCUUGAUCCACUCGACAAAGUUCGUGGAAGUGGAAACAAUUCUCCCUCUGAGGGCAGCGAUUUAUCUGAAGAUGAUGAUUCUCGAUAUAAAACUACUCAUCGUCAGAAAUACAAAUACAAGCGCUCCUUUCGCUUGAGACGUAGAAAACAAGGUCAGCAACAGCAACAACUGCCACAACAAAUGGAAAAGGCACAACCUCAUCCUCCUCCUUUAGGAGAUUCACUUCAAUAUAGUGCCCUAACUUCUGAUAGUGAUCUCUUCUCUCCUUCAUCAAAGUUAAAGUUAGAGCAAUCUCUCACUUCAAUACCACCUCAAGAAGAAGAUUCUAGUUUCGAAGUUGCCUCUCCAAGAGAUGGUUCUACUACUACUAUAAGGGGAAAAGUUGAAAAUGAUAAAACUACUAAGAAAAAGGAGGAAAGGAAAAAAAGUCGAGAAGAUGAAAAACAGGAGAAACGCAGACUGAAAGAGGAGGAAAGGCAAAAGAGGUUAACUGAAAAAAAGAAAAAGAAAGCAGCUCAAGGAAAGACUGGAACUAUAACACAACAAAUACAAGGCAUUGAAGACUUUAUGCAGUCUGAAGACAAUCCUACACCCUUAUUUGUUGAAAAAUGCAUUAAAUUUAUUGAAGAAGAAGGUUUAGAUUCUGAAGGAAUUUAUCGUGUGCCGGGAAACAGAGCUCAUGUUGAUCUUCUCUUUCAAAAAUUUGAUGAAGAUCCUUCUAUUUCCAUAAGAGAGCUUGAUAUUCCAGUGAAUGCUGUAGCUACAGCCUUAAAAGACUUCUUUUCUAAGAGGCUGCCCCCACUUAUUCCACCAUGCUUAAUGAACGAACUGACAGAAAUUUCUGGUGCAUCGUUUUCUUCUUCAGGAAUACAAGAUAAAAGUUGUCGACUGUUCACUUUGCGGGAUCUUCUGAAAAAACUCCCAUCUUGUAAUUUUGAAGUCUUAAAAUUUGUUUUCCAGCAUUUUGUAAAGGUUGCUGAUAAUUGCCGGUUAAACAGCAUGGACAGUAAAAAUUUAGCCAUUUGUUGGUGGCCAACUCUCCUUCCUUUAGAGUUCAGUGAUAUGAUGAUGUUUGAAAGAAUGAGGCCCCAUUUAGAAGACUCUGUGCAGACUAUGAUUGAUCAGUUUCGUUUUCUUUUUUGUGGUGAAGAAGAAGUUGUAAUGGUGUGAUUAGACAUUAAUGCUAAAUGAAUUUUUGUUUUUGUUUUUCCCCCUUUGUGGCAUAUCAGUCACAAAAUGAGACUCAAGAUCUGUCAAAGAAAGAGUUGCUGCUGUGCCAGCAGAAUACUCAGUUAUGAUGCUGUAGGUUUCUGGUGCAAAACCUGCCAAGUAAAUUUUCAUUGGCUGUUGCUAUAGAACGUAUAAACCAGCAAAUAUUGUAUGCCUAUUUACUUGUACACAAAGCCCAUAGUCCUUUCAUCUCAGUGAAGAAGCCAUAUCAGUGGUUUAAUCAUUUUAUGUGCUCUAAUAUGACAUUAUGAAAGCUCACCAAAUAUAAUUUAAUCAUUGCCUCCUGAUAGACCAUUUACUCAUGUAUGUAGAUGACUCAGUAUCUAGUAUACUCUAGUGUUGCAUAACAAGUGUGAAUGUGUCAUUAAGAAGUUUAAAACAAAAAGAAGGUUAUGUUUUGUCAUGUCUUCAGAUCACAAUAUUUUUAUUUACAUUUAAUACAGUGCCAUUGGACAUUUUACAAUGUGAGUUACAUAUGAGAAAGUAAGACUGUCUUUUGAUAUCGUGUUGGUAUGAUCUGCAUUGUAAUGAUAUCUUGCAUAGUUUGCUGUAUCAAAACAAAUCUGUUUGUAAAAAAACAAAAAAAAAGCAAAAAAAAAUUGUCAGAUUAGCUCAUUACUGAAUACGGUCUUUGUUAUUCUAUGGUAUGCAAGCACAGUCAUCAGUCCGAGUUCCUUAAAGCAGUUAAUGCACCAGCAAAAUUUUGUUCAGAUAUAGUCAUAAUUUUCUCUCCAAGUUGAUCUGUAUGUAUGACAGAAUGCUAUCAUAUGAUGUAAGUGGAGUGCAUUUCUGUACAUUUAAUUGAGUUAUGUAAAUUUCUUUUUGUACAAAGAUUAUGAAAGAAACUGCACUAUCCAUUUUACAGCUUCCUAUUUUGUUUUUGUGUAUGUGAAAAUGUCCUUAAAAACAAUAUAUGUGGUCAGUUAAUUAGGGUAUCUUAUUGUACAGAAUGGCUGCUGUUUGAUGAUGUGUACAGAAGAGUCAAUGUAAGAAUUUUUGAUACCCUUAGUUCCUUGUAUUAAGCACAACUUAUUUCUUUUAGGACCAAAAUUUUUGCUAUAAAAUGUAUGAAUUUUUUAAUGGUAACAUAAUGACAUGAAGUUAAAUACCAGAUUACUAAAAUAAAUUGAGAAGGAAGGGUAUCGUGUUUGAAACAUUCGCUAGUCAGAUUUAUUUAAACUUACGAAUCUCGCAUGUCAAGAGUUCUGUAAUAUAAAAGAGGCUUUUGAAUUAUGUCAGAUAAAUAUAGCUGAGGAUUUCACAUUCAUGUUUAAGUUAUUAAAUAAUGAAUUUUUAAUAAACACUUAUUGCCUAUGUUACUAAAAUUUUGGUGACUUAGCAGAAAUGGUGCAACCACUGCUUGAAAGAAUGAAUUUUCUUUAUACAAAGUAAAUUUACUUUGUCAGUCGUGUUGUUUUUUAAAAAGUUUUGUAUUUUUUGUAUUUGUUGUACUAAUAUUAAAAACAAUCUUUUUAAAGUAUCAGGCGAAAUAUACCUCAGUUUGUGAUAAGACUUUUAAUAAUUUAAAUGAAAGUGUGCUUAUAUGACAAAAAAGGAAAAUAUCUAUAUCUCAAGUUAUAUUGCCUUCAUAUAAAAGUAUCUCAUUAUUAUGACAGAGCUUUAGUGAAUAUUUCAGUGUAUUAAAAGUUCAUUUUAAAACUGCAGUUGAUCUGAAUUGAUCAGUUUGACUUUGACUGAGAUAUAAUACUUUGAGACCCAGCUUGUAUUUAAAACAUUUUAAAUAGACAGGAUGAAAGAGACAUGAUCACUCAGCAUUCCUCAUAUGGAUGUCAGAAUUAGUCUUACGUAUCAAAUUCUAAUGACAUAAAACUGCAAUGGAAGAUCAAAUCUAGUCAUUCAUAAUGUUAUGGAAAAUGUUCAUAGUAAAUUUAUGUUACCUGUGAAAUAUGAUUUGCAUAAUAGGAAUAGCACCAAUAUCUGAAAAUAAAUUUUUUACUUUACUUGCU